GUCCCCGCAGCGAUAAGCGAGCAUAUAAACAAACCAUACAUCAAUGUCAGAUUACACGGCCAACUUUUGCGGUGACUUUACGUGGAAAUUUUGGCUACUUUUUUGUCAGUCGGUCGUUGGCAGAGAGACAUGGAAAUUGCUGCUAAUAUUAUCACGCUGCUGCUGCUGAUCCCAGGGAUGUGCCUGGGGUCCCAUGUGGAUGAACAGCCAAGGACGGUGGAAACGUUGCUCUCCUAUCUGGAAACGAAUGAAUCCACAACCAAACAAUGUUUUGCCCGCUACUUGCCGCAGUUGGAGAACGAGGGGGCCACCUGGUCGAAGAGUUACAGCAGAUGCCUGUGGAUAGCCACCACUGGGCGCCAGUCGGUGGUCACGAAUGUUGCCGCGGCGCAGAAUCAAAUACGGGAAGCGGCCUUGGGCAUUAGUGCAUUUAUCGACGACUGUCUGGGCAUUGCCGAUUCCUUGGCCUUUUUCAAUUGCUUUGCCAAAAUGUCCAAGCGGCAGUUGGCCACCGUGUACACCAUUUCGUACAACGCCUCCGAGGAUGCACUCAGAAUGAGCCAGCAGCUGGGCACCAUUGAGGUGGAGCACUAUCUCUGCACAAACCGCACCGAGCACACCUAUGUGGAGGGCACGGACCGAGUCUUUCGAGACCUCGACCAAUGCCUGCAGCAAAAUGAGGAACAUUAAAGCUUGGGCUACCGCGCA